AUGAAGCAAAUCGUUGCUAAUCAAAAAGUGAAAAUCCCUGAGGGGUUGACUGUUCAUGUGAAAUCUCGUCUAGUGACAGUGAAAGGCCCCCGAGGUGUUUUAAAAAGGAAUUUCAAACACUUGGCAGUUGAUAUUCGCAUGGUGAACCCUCGGUUAUUGAAGGUUGAGAAAUGGUUUGGAUCCAAGAAAGAGCUUGCUGCAGUAAGAACUGUGUGCUCUCAUGUUGACAACAUGAUCAAGGGUGUGACAAAGGGUUUCCAAUACAAAAUGCGUGCCGUAUACGCCCAUUUCCCCAUCAACUGCGUCACAACGGAAGGCAACUCUGUAAUUGAGAUCCGUAAUUUCUUGGGAGAGAAAUACAUCAGGAGGGUAAAGAUGGCACCAGGAGUAACUGUUGUCAACUCAACAAAACAAAAGGACGAGCUUAUCAUUGAAGGCAACUCGAUCGAAGAUGUCUCCAGCUCGGCAGCCCUCAUCCAGCAAUCCACGACCGUUAAAAACAAGGAUAUCAGAAAGUUCUUGGAUGGUCUCUAUGUGUCUGAGAAAACUACUGUUGUACAGGACGAAAUAUAA